GUCAGCGUUGUUUUGAUGCCCCGCCCCGCCUGGUCUCUGGUUCUCUGCUCAUAGAGAUUUUACUUGAAUCUCCACUCCUGCCUCCUGUCGUCCUGGGGUUCAGCAUACUGGGUCCAACCCUCCUGAUCUUAAUGAACCAGCCUAUUGGAGUUGACAGACAAAGGAACCUCUGACUCUGGAAAAGAAACCCUCUAAAAUAUAAAUGAGGAAAUCCACACCUGUUUCCAAGUAACCAAGACAGCACUCAGGUACGGCAGCAGCUGCUGAUUUCCCUGCUUGGAUGAAACGCUCAGAAUCGGGUCAGAAAUCGGAGCAUGAACAAGUUAAGGCCUCUGAUCUGAGACCAGCCUGAGUUUUCUGACCGUUUCACAUGGAAGCCGGUUUGGUGAAGCCAAACUGACCUGGAGCUGGAAGCGGGGAUUUCACCGAGGGUAGGCCACUGAAUGAAACGGAGAUCUUCGCAGGUCGAUCCCCGAGAAUCUGCUCGAGCAAGUAUGAAUCCGAUGUGGAAGGUUUACAAAAGCAAGGUGAUGAAGACUAUAAAUCCUGAGUAUGAAGAUGAUGCUGCAGAAGAGGCCACAGAAAUAGAACAUGAUAUGACUCCGAUGCAGGACGAUGAAGGGCCCAACGCCGUCUCCCAACUGGCCAAAAAGAUGCAGGGGGCCGGGGCCAAAAGCUGGAACAGAUUUUCGUCGCUUUUCAACAAAGAAGAUGAGCACCAGCUUCUAGAGGAGACCGAGAGCCCGCCGGUGGCUGAUCACCCUCUCGCAGUAAAGCCAGAAGAACCUCCUCGACCCACCAAACGCACGGCAUUCUGGGAUAGCUUUGCAGCCAACUGGGCUGCGAAGAAGCAGGCUGAAGCCGCUGCAGCUGCGAACGCAGCUGAGCAGGGUGAGGCGGGGGUGAUGGCAGCCGGAGGGGAGCAACAGCAGGAUGAGCAGAUCACCACUGGAGAGGAGAGUGAAGGAGGAAGCAGCAGCAAAAACAGCUUCUCCAAGUAUAUGUCUCUGGGAGGAGGAGGGGGAGCAGGAGGAGAAGAAGGCAGCGAGGAAGCAUCCUUUAAGUGGAACUUUGUUACCAGUAAGCUAGCUGAGCUCAAGACCAAGAGCAUGACAAAGACCAACUGAGAAAUGACCAGAGUACAGCCGCAGACUCAUGUCUGAAACUAAAUUGAUCCGUUUUAUUAAUAAUACUGAGAACUAUUGGCCUCUGAAAUGUAACAAAUGGAUUAUAGGAGUAUUAUUUAAUCACAACAUCAGUUGUUUUGUGAGAAAUGUCCAGAUUUCAACAAAGAACACCAAUAAUCAGGCUCUGGACCAACAGAUUUAAACACAUUAGAUUAUUUUUAUGCAGAAAUGUUUGCAGUUUAAUCUACAAAGCAAGAUAUCCGAAACCAGUAACUAGUAAAAGCUUAUCACAGCCCUCUGCUGUCAAAGACAUUUAAAUAAUGCUUCUUAAACCAUGAAACGGGACCUUUUGAGCUUUCAACAAAGCUAAUCUGUAAAUUAGAAAACUGGAUUAAGGGAUUAAAGGUGGAGAUAGCUGGAUUAGGUGAGGAUUAGCUCACCUAACCUGCUCUGAAGUAAAGGGGAUUACAGUAAAAGGCCCCACAGUGUGGCUGAACUGGUCUGCUAACACAAAGAAAGUAAAAAUAAAUAAAAUUAAAAAAAAAUUAGUAUUUAAAAAAAAGUUGAAACUUCAUCCAUGUGUUUGAGUUGAUGUCGGAUUACAUGAGUGGAAUUUUUCUGACUGAGACAAAAACGUGCAAUGUGUGAGUCUUCAUGUUUGGAGAGGCUGAUCUUGUUUUUGUUUAUUUUUCUGCUCCUUUUUUCGGGUUUUGACUUGUAUGUUUUAAUCUGAUGUUUUCUUCUGGUUUAACUUAAUAAAAACAGUUGCACUAAA